AUGCACAUUGCUAUGUGUAUCACAGAAAUGUUUAAAUCUGAUUUUCGGCAAAAUCAAGAGAUAGAACAAGGAGAUAAAAUGCGAGCAGACGGCGAUCAGUAUAUCAUGGAUGACCACUACGCUGUAGAUAGUAUACGACCAAAAUGUAUAGAGUUACAGAGAAUGUGCGAACAAUAUCGGCAACUUCUGAGACGCCGCAGAGAGAUAUUGAACAAGUCACAUGAUCUGCAUGAAAGGAUCGAAAAGGCUAAUAAGUGGUGUUCUAAUGGAAUGGACAUGCUAACAAGCCAGUUAGAGAAUUGUAACACCCCAGAGAGUAUUCGUCAAGCUAUUGAAGAUAUAGAUAAAUUUGUUGUCACAUCCAAGGAUCUUAAAUUAAACAAUCCUAAAGAAUUCCGACAACUGUUUGACAGUGUUAUCACAUCGGAUACAAGGGCAACAGUCCAGAAGACUUUGAAAAAGAUCGAGGAUGUUCAAUCAAUGUGUAGUAAGAGGAAAGCUGACCUUCAGACACAGGCUCGAGCCCAACCUGUACAUCAUCCAGCACAGCCUGAUCUAGUCACUUCCUCCUCUAGAGGUCAAACAACGGUACCAGAGUAUGACCUGAGGAAGAAAGGAGGUCACAGAGAUCGACACAGGAAAGAUAGUAAAGAUACUACUAAAAAAGGGGCACCUGCAGUUCCUUCUGUGGAAAAAUCUGCAAGGAUACGUGUUGAUGUAGGACCACCCCAGCCACACUCUCGCGUAGACAUUGGACCUCCCCAACCACAGCCUCUUCCUCGCACCACACAUUAUGGAUCAACAAGUACGUGCAGUAGUAUGUCCACGGUUGACAGCACUGACGGGGCACGUAACUCUCUCGCAUCAACCUCGACAACAACCUCUGGGUCGAGUUCUUUCUCCGAACAAAUGCUGGAGAGUUUACAAGAAAAAAGACAACAUGUACUAAAUGAGUUGAUAGAGACAGAGAAAACCUAUGUACAGCAGCUUCAUGAUAUAUUGAGGGGCUACUAUUGUGAGAUGGAUAACAGAACUAUGCAACAUUUAAUCCCUGAUGAGCUAAUCUCUAAAAAAGAUAUCCUGUUUGCAAAUCUUGAUCAAAUUUACAAAUUUCACCAUGAUGUGUUCCUGAAAGACUUACAAAGUUGUGCAGACUGCCCCACAAAAUUAGGAAAAUGUUUUGUUAAUAGGAAAGAUGAGUUUCAAAUGUACAGUAUAUAUUGUCAAAACAAGCCUCGUUCUGAGGAGUUACGGACUCAGAUAGGUGACAAUAAUCCUUUCUUUAAAGAGUGUCAAAGAAAAUUGGGUCACAAACUGCCGCUUGGGGCAUUCUUACUUAAACCAGUACAGAGAAUUACAAAAUAUCAGCUUCUAUUAAAGGAGAUGUUAAAGUACACUAAAGAUGACAGAGUUUGUCAACAACAGCUUGAAGAAUCUCUAAACACAAUGUUAGAAGUUGUUAGAAUUGUUAACAACAGCAUGUAUGAAGUCUGUAUCGUAGGAUUUCCUGGAAAUCUGGCAGAUUUAGGUAGGUUACUGAUGCAGGGUAGCUUUAACUGUAGCACGGAGCACAAACACGAGAAAAUACGAGAUAUCCGCUUUAAACCAAUGCACAGGCAUUUAUUCCUGUACGAGAAAGCUAUAUUAAUGUGUAAAAGAAAAGAAGAUGCUCAAAAUGGCGACAGAGACGCAUAUGCAUUUAAGAAUAUGCUUCGGUGUAAUCAAGUUGGUUUGACGGAGAAUAUAAAGGGAGAUAAAAAGAAAUUUGAGCUGUGGUUGAGAGGGCGUGAAGAGGUUUAUAUUGUACAGGCACCUAGUCUAGAUGUGAAGGAAUUCUGGGUAAAGGAAAUCAAGAAAGUGUUGAUGAAUCAGUUUGAUGAAAUACGUGUAAAUAAAUUGAAUCUCGUUCAACGUUCGUCAGAGGAUCUGCCUCGUUCCGGUAGUGAUAGUGGCAUGGAGAGCUGGCGGCACCGGCAGGGUUCCGGUAAUAACAACUCAUCAACAGUUCCGGUUGGACUUACAAUGAUGUCUCCCGAGACACCACCCGAUCCGAGACUUCAGACAGAUCAAUGGUCCGAUGAUGAUUAUACUGAUUCCGAACCUGAAACAGAGCGCCGACCAAAUCAGCACACAUCUCCGUUAGAGCCCUCCUAUUUGCAGCAGUUCGUUGCUAUUGCCGACUACGUCCCUAUUGAUGAUGUGGAAAUGGGCUUAAGAGAAGGAGACAUUGUGGAAAUUCUCCGCACAGGAACCACUGGCUGGUGGCUGGCUCAUCAUAUGACCACAAAUGAUGAAGGCUGGGUACCGUCAACCUACCUGGAUCCCGUACCAAAUACAGGCUCACGGUCUCUGGCUUCAAUGUCAAGUAUAGGUUCUGGAAGUGUGCCAAGUCAGACUAGUCACUCAAGCAUGACCAGUGGCUACAGUGCAACCAGUCCUGUAGAUGAAAGUGCUAUUUAACUACCACAGCCGUUAUAGUGAAACCAAAACAGUGCAAUCCCGAUAGAGUAACCUCUACUCUUCAUAGAAUAGACUAGACAUUUAUUUGUUUACAUUCAGAUAAAAUUCAGCAGUAUAAUAUAAGCUAUUCUGCUAUAGCUUUUUGGAAGUACAUGCUAUUUAGUGAAAGUGAUCAAAGUCUGUCCUCUGUUCAAAGAGGUUUGACUGUAAAAUACUUAAGGUUCAAACAUGUUACCAUUGAUAUACUGUUUGUUUUUUGUGUUUUAAACAAAAUGGUCUAACUGUUAAUUGACACAAGUAAUCAACAAAAUAUUCAACGUGAUGCAAAUAUAGUACUUGAACAAUUUAUGAUUCAAUACCAUU